AUAAACCAUUUCAAAAUAAACAUUGUGUAAUGUAAACAUCCAUGAACCAAAAGGACUGCAUGGAAAUACUGUAUAAAUACUCAGAGAUGAUCAGCAUGGCCUUUUUUGAACGUAUUACAAGAACAGAGACCAAACCAAACAGUUCCUUGAAAAUUUUAGAGGUCUUAUGCAAAAGGAAAAACUGUCGACCUGAGUAAAUAGUCGAAAUGAUUGGUGUUUCGAAACUUGUGAUUUUACUUAUUUUUAUUGUUGGGUUCUUUUGUAAUUAUAUCAAAAAGACAUUUUUCGGAACCCAAAAACUCAAAGUACUUUGCAUACCUCUAUUAAUUGCUGGCGAUAUCUAUUUUCAAAGUUCGAGUCAUCCAGACCUGUCGUUUUGGAUAACAUUGCCGCUAUCUGAACAAGCAGAUUCAUUAAACUCGUAUUUUACUGCCUCACUUCAAAACGCAGACGUUGUAAAUGAGAUGCGCUAUGAAUGGCUGCGAUUGAGGUCCUAUUCCAUAUUUCCUCUGACUUUAUCACAGAGUCCCGUCCGACUAGCUCGUUCUGGAUUUUAUUUUACAGGAAGGAACCAAGAAUGUGUUUGUUUUUCAUGUGGAGUGCAUAAUUCUAAUUGGACAAGACAAAAUAUUACAGAGUUACACAGACAAUUAUCUCCAGACUGUCGUCAUCUGCGUGGAAGUAACGAUUCUAAUGUUCCAAUUGGAUCAAGAGAAAGUUGGCAGUCUAAUAAUUUACAUAAUUUUAAUACCUCAUCUAUAACUACUAAUGAACCUGCUGAGUGUUCACUGCAAAGAUCACGGGGAACACGACGACAACAAUAUGAUAGUUGUAAUGCUCAUACAAAUCAUCAUAGCCAACCUCCGUCUAACUCACAACCCAAUCGCUUGAAAGAAACUUUAGAGCCUCUUGGAAUUGUCAUUGAUAGACCAAGAUAUCCAAGCUACGCUGUAAUGGCAACCAGAGUUAGCAGUUACCAGCAAUGGCCGUCACAUUUGACACAAACACCGAGGGACCUUAGUCUUGCAGGAUUCUUUUAUGUUGGAUAUGGAGACUACGUCCGUUGUUUCUUUUGUGGAGGUGGCUUGAGGAAUUGGGAGCCUGGUGAUGACGCCUGGAUAGAACAUGCUCGAUGGUUUCCAAAAUGUCCUUUCUUGAUUCAAAAUCAAGGACAGGAUUUUGUAAGACUAGUACAGAACGUCCAGGAAGAGGAUUUUGAAAAUAACCCCUCUCAAGAGCAAACUGGAAACUUAACGGAAAUUGAGCAACUUCCAGCAGCAUAUGAAAUCUAUCAAAUGGGCUAUACUUGGAAUACUAUUAAGGAGGCGUAUAGAAAACUUAACAAGAAAAAAACAGAUGUGACUACUGCAGAGUUGAUAGAGGAAAUUCUGGCUAGUGAUUCAGCAGCACCGAAUUCUUCCCCAGAACAGCCCACAAGUUCUUCUUCGUCUGCUUCCACACCAGAACCUAAUGGAAAUGUUACCAGCAGAGCAAGCAAUCCAUUGUCAACCUCUGAGAUAUCUGAAGAAUUUGGGGCCAUGAGCAUGAGUGAUGAAACACGGUCUUUGAUGGACGAAAAUAGAAAGCUGAAAGAACAGAGACUUUGCAGGAUUUGUAUGGAAGAGGAUGUUGCAAUUGCCUUUCUGCCAUGUGGUCAUUUGUGUUGCUGUUCUCAUUGCGCACCUGCAAUUCGCAAAUGUCCAAUCUGUAGAGCUUUUAUUAAAGGUACAGUUAAAACAUACCCAGCUUAAAUAGUUAAUGCAGACGAAGAAAGAAGAUGUCAGAGAAGAGUAGUGUGAUUUAUUCUGCUUUAUAUUCAGAUCGAGGGUAAGAUUCUAUUUGUAAAGAUCCUGUAAAUUAUAGAAGACAUUCCAAAGUGACUUUGUCCACUUAUAUUUCUUGAUAUUACCGGUAAGCUUAACAAUGUGAGAAAUAUUACAUUUUGUGGUGUCUGUUCCAGUUAAUCAAAUUAAAGUUGUAUUAAUCAGUAUUAAUAUUAAUGUGUUAUUAUUCAGUUUCAGUAUAUGAUAACAAAAAGUCGAAGGUUGUAUUUAAUCAUUUGAUAUACAUUUUUAUUAAAAUUAUACACUUGAUAUUACUGUAGGAACUUGUUGUAUUUAAAAUUUCUCUUGUAUAUACAUUUGUAUAAUGUAAAUAACUUUUUUAU